GAGAGGGGCUGUGGGGGAGCUCUCCUCUCCCCCAGGAAGCGCCAUGGGCCCCUCUGGACCCCCUCACACCACCUAGACGCGUCUCCAGCCAGCAGCACCUCCCAACUCCGAGGGCAGCAGGAUGGCCCAGCAGCGCCAUGUCAUCCCCCCACCACUCAAGACGGAGGAGGACUACAUCCCCUACCCCAGUGUACAUGAGGUGCUGGGCCGGGAGGGGCCGUUCCCCCUCAUCCUCCUGCCGCAGUUCGGGGGUUACUGGAUUGAGGGCACCAACCACCAGCUGAGUGGGGCCCCUGAGUCGCCUCCCACGCCAGUACCUGGCACCCGGGCAAAGCUGGAGGGCAACCACACGGCCAAGAUCUAUCGCAAGCACUUCCUGGGCAAGGAGCACUUCAACUACUACUCCCUGGACCCUGCACUGGGACACCUUGUCUUCUCCCUCAAGUACGAUGAGCAGGAGCACCUCCACCUGCUGCUGCGCACCCGUGCCCGCACCCUACAUGAUGUGGUGCCUAUCUCCUGCCUGGCCGAGUUCCCCAACGUGGUGCAGAUGGCCAAGCUGGUGUGCGAGGACAUCAACGUGGAUCGCUUCUACCCCGUGCUCUAUCCCAAGGCAUCCCGCCUCAUCCUCGCCUUUGACGAGCACGUGCUCAGCAACCACUUUAAAUUUGGGGUCAUCUACCAAAAACUGGGGCAGACCUCCGAGGAGGAGCUUUUCGGAACUACGGAGGAGAGCCCCGCCUUCGCCGAAUUCCUCGACGUCCUGGGUCAGCGGGUGCAGCUGCGGGACUUCAAGGGGUUCCGAGGGGGGCUGGAUGUGACCCAUGGUCAGACAGGCAGCGAGUCGGUCUAUUGCCACUUCCGUGACAAGGAGAUCAUGUUCCACGUCUCCACCAAACUGCCCUACACCGAGGGGGAUGCCCAGCAGCUGCAGCGGAAGCGUCACAUCGGCAACGACAUCGUGGCCAUCGUCUUCCAGGACGAGAACACACCGUUCGUCCCCGACAUGAUCGCCUCCAACUUCCUCCACGCCUUCGUGGUGGUGCAGCUGGAGCAGGGCGGCACCCAGGGCACCCUCUACAAGGUCUCCGUCACCGCCCGGGACGAUGUGCCCUUCUUCGGCCCGCCGCUGCCCGACCCCGCCGUCUUCAGGAAGGGCCCCGAGUUCCAGGAGUUCCUGCUGACGAAGCUCAUCAACGCGGAGUACGCCUGCUACCGCGCCGAGAAGUUCGCCAAGCUGGAGGAGCGGACGCGGGCGGCGCUGCUGGAGACGCUGCACGAGGAGCUGCAGGCGCGCAGCCAGGCCAUGCUGGGGCUCGGCCCCGACGACGAGCGCCCCGACAACGGCGGCGGCCCGGCCCCCUCGGCUCCCGCCGCUCCAGCGCCAUCGGCAUUGAGAGCAUCCAGGAGGCACCGGCCGGCAGGUGAGCGCCGGUACCGGCACCACCGCUGUCCCCUCCCGCUAUCACUUCCCGCUGUCACCUCACUGCCGUCACCUCCCCGCAGGGACGUUCCCGCAGCCGCCGACGGCUCCAGCUCCACACACAGCUCCCCCGAGAGCCGCCGGAACCCCGACAGGGCCGAGAAGCCGGAGCCGCCGGAUUUCUCCCACUCCUCCUCCAGCGCCAGCAGUUUCGGCAGCGCCGCGGAGGAGCCCGGCGAGCCGGGACGGGAGAGCCGCUCGCCCUCGGGGAGCCACCGCGACGCCUUCACUGACACCCCCUGGACGGAUGACCCCCCCGAGACCCCCCCAGGUAGCCCAGUACCCCCAGGUCGGGGCGCCACGGGGCUGGGGAAGCCCUCGGGCUGCUGA